AUGAUCAGGAUCGUGGCAUACGUGCAUUAUCACGUAAACUUCACACCCAAGCUCAGAAUUACAAACACAGCCGUCUUCAUCCAAAUCUCAUCCUCCCACAGAAAAACGGACAGACUCUUCAUUGGUGCUCCUGAACCCUGCAGAGAACUGGAGCUAUCGGGUAAUAGCAGCGGCUGCACACUGAAUGGGAAAGCCGAGAUAUCAAUGCAGAACUCCUCAGCGCUGUUCGGGAUGGUCAGCCACUGUCAGACCCCAACUUUCACAGACUUCACCGCCGGCUUGUCGCUCUCCGUGUACGGCAGCAAAGCAGACAUCUGUGCUCGGCGAACCGGGAGCAGUGGUUUCGGAUCUCAGAUUUGCCGGAGUCCCCAUGACACCCCGACUCACAUGAACUGCGCCAGCCCGAAGCGACUCAGCGCGUCGGAGGAAAAAGCGCAUCUGUCAGCCAAAGCCCAGCGCUCCUGCUUCUCCCUCCCACCCGCUCAAGUAAAUAGUGCCUAUUGCUCAGAGAAGGAUGUAGACACCGAGCUGGGUGACACUGAGGGCACCCUGAUGCGAUGUGGGCAGAGCCUGCCACUGUCAGUGGGGGGUCAUUCAGGGGGGCUUUACCCCCAGAGCCUCCACUGCGACAGACCUACACCCGACCUCCUCCUGCAAGACGGCCCUCACCAAGACACCAGAUCCUCGUCUGCCUUCCAGAGGACCCUGACGGGGGCCUCACCCGGCCUGAGCUGCGGCAUUGCCAACGGGGCUCGAUCCUCUCUCCCUUACCCAAUCAAACAAGAAAACUCAAUGGGUUACAAGAUUUCCAGCAUGGGGCCAGGUGUCCAUAGCACGUCUCAGGCUGGGUUUCAGAACUCUAGGGCUGGCAUAGUUUUGGGAUUGCCGAGAAAUGAGAUGGUUGGAGCCACACACAACAGUGGUAGUGGCGUAUGCGCAGUGAGCGGCGUAGGUAAUGCUGUGUCAGGGGACGCAGCGCAACCGUUUAAUAAUGAAGAUGGCUCCUCCCCGCUGGCUUUGUCCCCAACGAGCUCCCGUCAUUCAGCGCGGCUGCUCAGCACUAGCAGUCUGAAGAGACGUUGCCUGUCCCUGGUCUCGCAGUCCACCAGCACUGCUGGCACCAGCAGCGUUGCUGUCACUGGGUCCCCGUCAACUUCCAGCGCUGCCUCCGAGGAGAUUAAUAUCACUGCCAUCAUCUGCUCCUCCUCCCAGAUGUCGAUGGUUGCCUGCGUCAACGGGUUCCGCACUAACCUCUCGCCCAGCCACACUAGCAGCGCCGGCUUCUCCUCCUCUUCCUCCUCCUCCUCCACAUCCCCACCCUCUAACUCCUGCUCACGGGAAGCCCCCCACAAGCCCCCACCUCACGGCAGCCCCCAGCAGGCCACACUACAGGAGAGCUGUCAGCUAUCCUCACCUGCCACCUGCCUGCUGUCCCUUUCCUCCUCAUCAUCCUCCUCCUCAGUGUCAUCAGUGGAGCCAGAGCAGGGCCAGGGGCUGUGUGAGGAGCAGGGCUCCAUGCAGCAGGGGCGCGGGGCUGGUGGAGCAGCCGGAGUCGAUGUGGUGGGAGGAGGAGGCUUGGAUGGGUUGGGGCUACUGAUGAGUGGGGUCCUGAUGUCUGGGACGCUACAUUCAGGGCCUGACACUGGGACUCUCUUGGAUGGGGGCCAAAGAUCAGGGGCUGCCCUCAAGCAGGAGCCCCUUGAUGACUUCUCUCCCAGUGAAGAUGAACUCUUUCAGCACCACUAUCAUCAUCACCAUCACUUAAGUGGUCGCAAUGGGCACCUUCGUCACCCCCACCACCCUCCUCGAUCUACCAUGCCUCCACCCUACCACCUGCAUCAAUAUGUGGGGCCCAGUCCUGGGGGCCUGCUGCAUCACCAGAGCCAGCAAACAGCACCAGCCUCUUCCCUGGGACUCAAACCGUCCUCUGGAGGCCCUCCUGGGUCCCACACAGCCCCAGAGCGAGAAGAAGUCGGAGUAGGAGGAGGUGGAAGUGGAGGAGGAGGAGGGGGAACACUCGCUGAUAAGCAGGUGUGUCGCUGGAUUGACUGCAGUGCUGCAUACGAACAGCAGGAGGAGCUUGUGAGGCACAUUGAGAAGGUCCACAUCGACCAGCGCAAAGGUGAGGACUUCACCUGUUUCUGGGCUGGCUGCAUUCGCCGCUACAAGCCCUUCAACGCCCGCUACAAGCUGCUCAUUCACAUGAGGGUCCACUCCGGAGAAAAACCUAACAAGUGUAUGUUUGAAGGCUGUAACAAAGCGUUUUCCCGUCUGGAGAACCUGAAGAUCCACCUGAGGAGCCACACAGGAGAGAAGCCGUACCUGUGCCAGCAUCCUGGCUGCCAGAAAGCUUUCAGCAACUCCAGUGACCGCGCCAAGCAUCAGCGCACUCACCUGGACACGAAGCCAUAUGCAUGUCAGAUCCCUGGCUGUACCAAGAGAUACACAGAUCCCAGCUCCCUACGCAAACAUGUCAAGAUCCACUCAGCCAAAGAGCAACAGGUGCGUAGAAAGCUUCGGCCGUGCCCCCACCUGGAGCCAGAUGUCUUGAGUGACUGUCUGUCCAUGCAGCACCUCCAGAGCUCCGCCCCUACACAGCACCUCUACAAUGGCAAAGAUGGACGUUCUCCAGGACUGGGCCAAGACAUCUUCACAGGCCUGUACGCUGGCUCCAGCACCCCCCAUCACAGCACCUCAGUGGAGCUCCUCUCCCCUGCCCCCAAUUCUGCCCCCGCCUCUGCGACUGACCUGCCCUCCCGACAACACCGCCUGGACCGAGACCUCAGCAGCCCCCAUCACCUGUCUCCGCUGGCUACCAUGGACGGCACGAGAGACGGAGUGUCGGGUCCCCUCCUGUCUCCUGGGAUGAAACAAGGUACAGGGACCCCUCCUCCUUCACUGGAGAAACAGCAUAUCCAUCCUCACCACAAGACCUUCUCUCACUAUCACCACCAUCAGCCUGCCAACGACGAAUACCAAGGCAGCUUUCAGAGCUGCUUCCAUUUCGGAGACUCCUACAGGAUGGAGCAGACGGUCGGUGGUGUCCACGUCCCAGGAGAUUCACAAGCCUACGCUUCCCAUCAGCACAAUGGCUUCCACAUGUCUACUAGCAACACUGGCUCUGCAGGCUUCAGCUUGACCCAGGAGCUGCAAGGUGGAGCAGGGUGCCAGUUCUCUUCAAGCCCAGAGGAGAGCAUUUUCUUCCAGGUGGGCAGCUUUGAACGCAGCCUGAGCCACAUCUCCUCCGUCUACACAGAGACAUAAGAGCAACACUGGAGCAGGGCGCACUUCACCACACCUACUCUACUCCUCUGCAUUCCAACUCCUUCCAGAUGCAUUUGCACACACAUGGAUCACCUCUUCU